ACAAAUGAAUUCUAUCAAUCAUUUUUCAUUCCAAAUAUGGAUCUAUAAGCUUGAAACUUGUUGUUGAAUGUGUAAUGGUGGUUCCUCAAAAGAUAUUUUCAACUUUCCAAAAUUCAAAUCUAUUUUUCUAAAUCUUAGGAAACCUAAAUAAAACAAACUCCAAAGAAAGCGUAAAAGUACAAAAUUCACAAUGCCGGAGAAAAGGCCAAAGAAAAAUCACUUGGAAGGGUAAGAUUGGAACGAAAUUCUUCCUUUCUAUACUUUUAAGGUAUCAUCACCUCAAUUUGAGCACUGCGUUUUCAAUGGGCCUCUCAGCGUCCAAGCGAGUUCAGAAGACCCUCCGCACCUCGCCGGAGUUCGACUCCGCCUGCGCCGCCGCCUACGCCCACUGCCUCUCCCUCACUCAACACGCCUUCCCCGGAGUCAAACCAUACCAGCUCUUUUCCGCCGCGGAACACCUCCACCGCUCCUUAUCCCACUCCCUCCGCCUCAUCUCCAGGUGGGUCCCACUGCCUCCUGACCGGGCCCAAGUAGACCGCGCCCUGAAGACCGUACUCUCUCGCCGGGCGGCUCCCGAAGAGGAAAUAACGCUGGGUGAGGCGGAGUUCAAGGAGUUCGCGGUGGAGGUGUUUACGUACGCCGUCCUUUCGAGCGCCGGGAGGGAGGUUCUGAAGCGGGUGCCGCUGGGUGCGGCGGGGAUAGCGGGGUUUGGGGUGGUGGUGAAGCCUGGGAAGGAGGUUGUGGCGGCGGCGAUUGGGGCGUACGCGCUUGGUGUGGCGACCUCCAUUUUUCUCAGCCUGGAUAGUUGAUUAGUUGAGAACUCGAGGUAGCAAUUGUAUUAUCAAUGUAAUUAAAUUACUUAUA